AUGCGCGAGCAAGGCCGCCGAGAGCGCGUCUGCACGUCUCUGUGCGGACGCCGAAGCAGCGAAACUACAGCAACUGAUAUCCCAUCGGUUGCUGAAUCGACUCAGCCUGUGUCACCUGGUGAUGCAGGCGCUGGUCAUGAAGACACUCGUGUCUUCACAGAGUACGAGCUCGGUGUCUCGUACUCUCCUGAUACGGAUGACGGAUCCGUAUCGACGGCAAUUGAAUCCAAGCCGCCUGCCAAGCGUGGCAUGGACGAUGCUUUGCGUCGCAGCAUCUUUGGUUCAUCUGAUGAGUCAGAUGAACCAUCGCCGAACGAAGGCGCUCGAGGUCGCGAGACUCGGGCGCUAAUAGAAGAGCGGGACCGCAAUGUGUUGCGUCUCGCUCCAGAAAAGAAGGCAUGGAUGCCUCCUAAAUCUGUCAUGGAUCACUUGUCGGCGACGACGAGUGAUCGUUAUCGAACACGAUUGUUCGAUUCGUCAGAGAUUCAUCACCUUGACCCCAGCGCGAAAGACUAUCGCGCUGAACAUGAGUUCUUCAUCGAUGCUUUCUUCAGACAUCGAUGGUACAGUGGGAAUCACAAACGUGAUGGUCCCUCACUACUUCAGGCGUGGAACGCCUACAUCCAUAAUCUCGAGGAUGUAGGUCGUGACGCUUGGAACGACAAACUUAUCAAAGCUCGUGAUAAGUUUGAAAAGCGAACCCCGACAGGUGCACGCUAUAAGCUGCAUCGUCUGUCAAGGGAGAAAGGAUUACCCUGCCUCUCUUGGGGAGACUCGUGCCCAUGUUGUGUGAACAACUCUGCACGAGCACCUAAGGAGGCUUACCUCCUUACCAGCCCGUGGUGGCGCGUACGUGUCUCUACUGAGAUGUACGAAGGGAUUGACAACCUGAAAUCCCUUUACGACCGUGCCGGGAAGACUUUCUCCGGCGGUCCUUCUGCGGCACAGGAUGUGUCGCGUCGUACUGCUCGACCAGACCCAGUACGUCAACCAUCAAUUGGGAGCGGGGCUCCCAAGAAUCCCAGGACGGGGGAUAGCCGCGCCACCGGACGAGGUAACUCGUCCGACGUCCGUUCACGUCGCGGUGGUUCAACAGCUGCUCUACUAGAUGGCGCUGGCCACCGCGAGAGUCCUCUAAUGGAGGUGGAGGAGGAGGAAAGACGCUCUCCACACGAUCAUGUGGAUCGGUGUGUUCCCGAGAGCUUCUUUGAUCGCGUAACGCAAGGGUUACGCGACGAUCUCGAGCAUGAGCGGAAUAGGCGUCUCCAGAUGGUGGACACUGCCUCGAAGCAUCGAGCUGAGUUUGCCUUUGCUCAGCUUGAGAACGAGAGAUCUCUGACAUCUCUUCGUGACGAGCUAAGGGUAGCUCGUGGGAUUGUUGAUCGGUCUCGGGCUGAGAUAACUGCUCUUCAGACCCUUGUUGAUGCCCACCAUCAGGAGCACAAGGCUCUCUGCGAGAUGCUUGAGCGCAAGGGCGUUCUUCAUCGGAAGAAGCAGCGUACUGAUGGUACGGCUUAA